GUUCCAGUGCCCGGACAAAAUGGAGGCUCAAAUUCUGUGUGGCAAUGCAUUUUUUGUUGUUUCUCAUAAUGAUACUCAAACUGUCAUCAGAUAUUCUGGAUAAGCUAGACAUUUUCAUUUUGGAGAUCGAGGAACUCGAGAUUCCUCCGCCUGUCAAAUGGGAGUACAUAUGGAGCUUCAGCGUUUUAUAUUCUUUGUGUGCACUUUCUGCUUGCAAGACAAAUAGUGUUUUUUAUCUACAGAUCUACAUAGGAGGUAUUGCCACGCUGGGCCUGGGGCCGGCGCUGGGUGCGCUCUGCUACUACCUGCCCGACGCGUACCGGUUCGUGUCAGCUGAGACACCCGAGGAGGCGGCUGAUGUCCCUAUGUGGCAGGGUCUUCCGUACAGCAUCAUCAACCUGGCCUUCCUGCUGCCCGUACUGCAAGUCCACGGGUUCGCUCUCUUCUUCAGCGGCCGGCUUCUGUCGGCUUGGAAGGCUCGCGGUACUAAAAAGACCCAGUGAGGCCCAGUGGGUCUAACUAGCGGCCCCGAGGAAUCUCCAGACCCGGCGGCGGGCUGCCGCCCCUCCCCUUCACUGCCACCCAGUGUGCCUUGCUGUUGUUGCGGUGGAGUGCGAGCUUCACGGGUGCUGUUCUGACGCGUUGUUAUCACCCACGCUGCUGGUUGCCUCCGUGUGUCUGUGUGUACGCUUUCAGCGUCUCUGUUACGCUAAGUUGAAAACGUGUGGUUUUGCGCUAGUGUGGAACACAUGAGUUCAGUUUAGCAGGACAGAGCUGCCAAACGGGCCUGGUGCCAUGUCGACUGGGGCUGGUCCCCUAAUGACGCUCCCUACUCGAGUUUCCUAGUCACGUGAGCGGUGCGGGCGUCUCCCCCAGGGAGGCCGGUGCUCCCGCCCCUCCUCAACCCACCGAAGGUCGGGGCGUCGAGUCCCUUUACGCGGGACUGAGACGUCGGGACAGUUUUCGAAUGCUCCCUGUUGAAUACCGUGCAUGAUGCCUCAGAGUGUCGAACAAACAAACCAAAGUUGUGCA